ACGCAACAUAUUGUAUAUAUAAGUAUGUAAAACAAUUAUGCGAGUUAUUCAACUGUAGAAUCUUUUAACUGUGUCUGUAUUGAAGAUGAAAAGAUUAUUAUGUCUGUGGCUAACGUUGGAAUGUAUUUUGGGCCAGGGUUUGGGGCCUAUUCAACUUAAUCUACCGACAAGUCCGGGAAUCGUCAAUAACCCUUCUCUGCCUCUACCAGACCUCCCAUCUGGGGUCACAUUGGAUCGGAGUAUAGUGCCAGGCAAUUUAGCGGACCUAGUGAGAGGGUUAACGAGUUCAGAAGAUGGUGCUGCUAACGAAUAUGAAGAAGGCAUUGAGAGACCAUGCAGAGUCUUCGACUUAAACUGCAUCAGGCGUUAUUUCUCCACCCAUGGGAAGUGUAAGGAGGUGUAUGGGCCAGUUCCUGACCCAUUGUAUAGGGCGCAGUCUACAGAACAUUUGCCUAGGCUAAAUUUAACUUAUACUGGUUAUGAUAUAACUUACAGAGGGGAAAAUGGCAAAAUUGAAGAGUUUUAUAUAAACAGAAAGACAAACAGACUAUUACUCGCCCUUCAGCUUCGUAACUUUAAUGUUCUAUUGGACAAAUUCUACUUACGGUUUCAGCGACGAGGCAGAGAGCCAGUUGUAAGAUCGACCACACUGAACGUUACAUAUGCCGCUCUUACAUUGACAAUAAUCAUACCCAAUUUAAAGGACCUACAGUUUGAUAAGAGUGAAGUAUUUACAUUCGCUGAAGACGCAAACCCACCGUUUUCAAUUGAUCCAAACCUAUUUUUAACUGCAGAUCCUACAGUUCUCCAAGGUGGGACGGAGUUUCUAUUGGGGGUUCCCAUCAACGAACAGGAAGGCUUCUUCAAAGACUCUAUUUACUAUAUAACGAGUUAUAUUCAGUACGCAAUAUGUGACUUUGGAUAUAAGCUCUUUUAGUAUUAAAAGAUUAUUUUCGCUUUCUUAUUUUAAGAAAGUAUCUUCAAA